GGCGGCGUGUGGUCGGUUGUUCGUGUGCGGUCGUUCGGCGGUGUUCGGCCACAACUUUACGGAGAGGCGGCGGUGAUCUUAACUUGAAAACGAAACUUGAUAAUCCGAAUAAUAAUCAAUUUCGGUCCCCCCUAAUCGGCUCGAUCUUCGACAAAUCGAAUUAUUCGUCCGAUCCGCGAGAUACUCCGAAACUACGGAGCGUCCGAUCGCACCGACGAACGGCGUUUUUUUUUUCGGACACUCUCUAACGUAGGAAAGUUCUGUGAAGAUUGAUCAAAAGUUCGAUCCGUCGACUGUCUCCGAACGGCUGAACUUCGAUCGCUGAUUACGGUGCCCUGUUUCGUUCUCGUUUUUUCUCCGAUUUUCCUCCUCACUUUUCUCAAUUUUUUUUUUUUUUUUUCUCGUUCGAAAAAUUUUUCUCCUUAAUGUUCGUAUUUGUAUCACGUUUUUUGGGGAGAAAGACAAAUCGGUGUGCGGUUCGAUGUAGAGAGUUCGUUAAAAUAUUCAACUAAACUGGUGUACGCGAUAACAACAUAUGUGCGCGAGUGUAGACGAGACGAUUAUAAUGUUGAUUUGUGCCCGUGAAAUUAUCGUACUACUGGAUUCCCGGAUCUCUUGCAUUUCUUCUCACAUCCCAUCGAUCUAAGUUUCUAUUUAACAAAGAAAAAAAAAAAGAGAAAAAUUCAUUCAUUUCUUUUGCAUAUUUGUUGAUCUCCGCUCGCACAUUUAUUGCAACAAUCAUCAUCCUCCUCGUGGUGAACUGUUGAUCGUGAGAUAACUAGAUAAUAUUUUACAACAAUCGUUCGUCAGCCAACAUCGUUAAUCGCCGGCAAUUACGAUGGACGAGUCCGGAAUCGACAUGGGAUUCGACCUGGCCGCCCUCGGGAACGAAGAUUUCGAGCUAGAAUAUAACAAUGAUUUCGAACAGGCGUUAUCCAUGCUCUCGACGUCCCAGGAUUUUAUGUACUACGAAUUGAAAAGUCGAGCACCGGACACUGGCAGCCCUCCGACGUUCAAGACCGCCACACCGACCUCGAGAACGCAACUGAGGCUACAAUUGAUGAGAGAACAACACCAGGAGCAGGAAAGACGGGAGGCUGAGCUCCGCCACAAUCUUCAACAGCAGAGAUUAUCGAGGCCGGUUGCCGCAUCCCCAAGACCCGUGCCGCCUACGCCCUUAUCAACCAUCGGCGUCGACGUGCCGCCUCAAGUUUUGCAGGUGCGGACGUUAUUGGAGAACCCGACGCGGUACCACGUCGUCCAGAAGCAGAGGAACCAGGUGCGCCAGUACCUCCACGAGUCCUUCAGAGGCGGAGAUGCGGAGGUCGCCGGUCUGUCGACGGAUCCGGGUAGCGAAGGAGGCGGCGGAAUCGUGCCGGUCGACACGGGACCCCCUCAUCACGUGGCCGUCGCGCCGAUCGCGACCCCCAUGGCCGUCCACAGCGCGCCACCCCACAAUCCGCCGAAACCGCAGCAUCCCCAUUUGGCGUCUUAUCCGAGGGGGCCGGCCCUACUGCCCCACGGGCACAUCAACGACGCCGUGGUGAGUCCGGAUGUUGCGGGAACUGGGGCGAUGUCUCCGGGACUCUCCAGCGUAGCGACGAGCAACUCGGAGGCGGAGGAUUUGCUGGACGAUAUUUUAUCCUUCGAAACCGGCUCUUUAGGUGAUGGACUAAAAGACAGCCAAUCUGGAAGUUUGUCCAGCUUACCAGAUCUACAAAUAAAACCAGAACCAAUUCUUCUUACAGACGCAGAAAUCCACGCCUUGGCCAAAGACAGACAGAAGAAAGACAACCACAACAUGAUCGAACGUCGAAGGAGGUUCAACAUCAACGACAGAAUAAAGGAGCUCGGGACACUUCUGCCAAAAACUAACGACCCGUACUACGAAAUCGUCCGAGACGUAAGGCCGAACAAAGGUACGAUUCUAAAGUCUUCGGUAGAAUACAUAAAGCUAUUGAAGAACGAAUUGACCAGGAUGAAGCAGAGCGAGGUGAGACACAAACAGCUCGAGAAUCAGAACAGAAGACUUUUACUGCGCGUUCAAGAACUUGAACUUCAAGCAAAGUCGCACGGUCUGCCGGUCUCUGAUUUCAACUGGCCUUCCACAUCGGCUACUGUAUUGAACAAUUCGUACCUCAAAACCAAACAUCAGGAGCAAAGAAAGAUCCCAGAUGUGGUUACGGAAACUUCGACGCUAAGUAUUUCUCAGCUAGAAGAUUUAAUGGAAGACGAUACCGGGGGUCCGGUUCACGGCGGGGAUCCAAUGCUAUCAUCGCCCCAUUUGCCUCCCUUGAGCCCACCUGCACCUGCCUGCCAUCAUCCACUUCCGGACGAAGAUACGCUCGGCAGUUUGGCGCCGACAACAUCAAACUCUUCCACAGAUAUGGACAUCGUUGCGUAGCAUCCCCCAAAAAGUCCACCCAUUCAUUAGAUGUUAAUCAUUAAUAUUAUUUGUAAUAUAAAUACAGAAACUGAACGUUGAGGUGACUAUUUUCUAACCUCAAAUCCCCAGUUUUCAAUCGCACGUCUAACCAAAAGUUCUGGUUUCUUCAGGUCCUGAACCUUGAAAGAACGAAAAGUAGACAGAACGAGUCCUUUACGUUUGAGGGUGGAUUACAAAGUCACCUAGGAACUAUGAAAUUUUCACCUGAUUGGAAAUUUGAGGUUAAAAAUUUAUGAUCUCAAUAAGAAUGAGUAAAAUGUAUAGCGAUUGAAUGAUAAAAAUGAGUACGAUAGUUAGAGCAAAAGAAAUUUGGAGGUCCUGUUAAGUUUCAUCUGGUUCUUUUCUUUUUUUCCAAGUUUCAUUUUUACGAAAAUCGAAAAGAACGAGAUAGGGACGUUUGAAUUUGUCCUCAACGAUUUAGGAUGAUUAUGUACGAGAAGAAUUCGCUCUCUCUUGUCCCAAAUUACAUCUAAGGAGAUAUCGGGGCAUUUACUGUAUUAUACAUAAAACGGCUGAAGCAGCGGCCCGACAGGAAUAAUAAUAAUUAAGAGAGAAGCGACAAUGCGGACUCAAGGUAUAUCAAUAUUGCCACUAUACUGAUUUCAGCCUCGUUUAGGAAAAAGAGAAAAGAUAACGAAGGUAAAAUUGGAACAGUAGUAGGUAAAGAAAGAUGAGAAUACGAUCGUUACACGCCAUCCCCACAGUCCCUCGGCCCUUUGGCCCUCGAGGUUCGAUCGCUUGUCCCUUAUAACUUGUAGCCGGCAGCGGUACGUUAUGAACAAAAGAUAUCCACUACAAUUACACCCACGUGCACGCAUUUCAGGCCGACUAAGGGAUGACCUAGACGAGAAACAAAGAAUACGACGAUGCAAUUCGUACGCAGGGGGAUGUCAAAUCGUACGGAUGAUUGAACGAAAUUCGCAACUUGAGAUCCUGAACCUAAAAUUUGAUGCUCGAGUGGUCGAUUUUCGAUGAGAUCGGAGUAGGAGAAAUUCAGAUGGUUCCUUGUUACGUUAUUUUAUGCCUCUAUCGCAUCAAUUCUUCUAUAAUUUUCGCUGAAAAUCAUCCUUCCCAUUACGUAUAUAUGUAUAUAUACAUGUAAAUUUUGUACAAUGUACACGGAUAUCUUGAAAACGAGGAUACGAUAAAUUCGAAGUAUUAACGUCGUGCGGUUAAUAACAAUCGUCGUUCGAUUUGAAUAACGAAAGAUCGGUCCAAUUAUUCAUCGUCAUAUGCCUGAUUGAUUUAUAUAUGCAUGUAAUUUAUGUGUAUACGAUCAAAGAAUUAUUAAGUUUAAAUGUUAUAACUAUAGUUGAGACAUGUAAUUAAAUGUUAUAGAAAAAAUACAGAUUCUUUAUUUGAUCGAA